AUGCAGGACAGGGAACCAGCUGAUGCGCCAGCUGCUCUACCGCUCUAUGCGCCACCGAGAAGCAUUAGGGCAGGCGUCGCAGGAGCCAAUGCUGAGCCGUUCGACGAAAACGACGAGCGUGUCUUCUUUGACCGUCAGACAAAUACCUGGAAAUGCGAAGCCGAGGGCGAUGGAGAGACAAGCGAGCUGGAAUGGGAUGUGACCAAAAGGACAUGGUUGCCUGUCGUAGAUGACGAGCUGAUCAGGGCGCAGCAAAUGGCGUAUAGUGUAGAAGGCGUGGACGAAGAGGCGCCCGUUGCCGCCGUCGAGCGACGAAACCAGAAGAAGCGCCGAAGAGCCUCGCCAUCCGGCAAGGACGGAGAAGAGAGAGAAGGCGGCAACAAGCAGCCUCGAGCUCCCAAGGCACGUGUUAACAGCAGCGUCUAUGUCACCGGCCUGCCGCUGGACGCGACCAAGUCUGAGAUUGCCGCUGUCUUUUCUCGCUACGGCGUCCUCAAUGAGGAUGACCAGGGCGAGCCGAGAAUCAAGAUGUACGCCGACGAGAAGACUGGAAUGUUCAAGGGAGAGGCACUCGUUACCUUCUUCAAGCCAGAGAGCGUUGAGCUGGCCGUCCAGGUCCUCGAUGAAAGCGCACUGAGAGCGGCAGAGGGCAAGACACACCCAAUCAUGAAGGUUGAAAAGGCUCAGUUCGGGUCCGGUAACGGCAAAGAGCAGGCCAAGGAGAUCGACUCGGCCGACCACGAAAGAAGGCUGGGAGAGGCGUCGUCGUCAUCGUCGGCGUCUGCCUCGACGCCGAACACCAAUGGCGUCUCGCAAGGCAGAGGCGGUCAGAGGAAACAAAUGACGGAACAGGAAAAGAAAAAGGCACAGAAACGAUACGCGAAGAUGAACAACAAGCUGACGGAUUGGAACUCCGACUCGGAUGAAGACCUCGAGCUCCUCAAGCGGCCAUCGGGUCAAUCUCGAGAGGCGGGAAUGGGCAACACAGUGGCCGCCAUGGCGUCUUCAAGUAGCAGACAGGUGUGCUUGCGCAGAAUGUUCACGCUAGCUGAGCUUGACGAAGACCCGACGCUGCUCCUCGAUCUCAAAGAGGAUGUGCGAGAAGAGUGUGAGACACUAGGCAAGGUGACCAACGUCGUGCUAUGGGACAAGGAACCCGACGGAAUCAUGACCGUAAAGUUUUCUGGUACCGAAGCGGCGCAGGCGUGCGUUGAGAAAAUGGACGGGAGAUUCUUUGCAGGAAGAAAGGUGAUUGCUCAUCUCCUGGAAGGCAAGCCGAAGUUCAAGCGGUCCGACAAGAGUGGACCUGCUGAAGACGACGAGGAUGUCGAUGCCGUCGGCGAGGAGCAAAGACGGCACGAUGCCUUUGGCGAAUGGCUCGAUGGAGGCGGUGAUGGUACCUGA